GCUGCAGUACAGACAUGAAGAGACGUGUUGCACUCAGCAGAGCAGACAUAAGCAGCACAAACAGGCGCAGCUGUGCUGCACUCAACACGCAGACAGACUCAGCUGCCUCAGUGUCAUUCAGCAGCAGCGCAGACAGCGGCGGGAGCGGCGCGAGCGGCAGGGGCUGCUGUCGGUGGGCGUUGCUGAUCGCUGCUGAUCGCUGCUGCUGAUCGUCGCUUUAGCGCUUCGGAUUCCGAAGGAUCGCGAGAGCAACGGACCUGCGCGCGCGGCGGAGAGACGUGCGGAGCGCAAGCAAAGGGGGUUUCUCCUGUUUCUAUCAUCAACACUGUGAGAGCGUGCCUUCAUUACAUCACACACAUCCGACUGCCCGCGUACGGAGAGCGAUUCAGGAGAGCAUGCUCGCGCGGGAAAAGCACGAGCGGAUCCACCGAGGGGGAUCGUCUCUGUCCAGCUCUCUCCAGCGCGCUGGAGACACGGCGCUCUAAGGCACGCGCGCUGGAGGCUGUUGUUUACUGCUGGAUUAUAAGUGUUUGUUUGUGUUGGGGAGAGAAUACAGAUAAGGGAUUGAUUGAUGCUUAUUGGCGGUUGAUAUGCGCGCGGAAUGAGGUGGAAAUAGCUUGGAAAUAAAGUAGCCUAAAGCUUUUGGAGAAGAGAUGAUGCUCCUCAGCAUAGAAGAACACAUCUAGCUCUCUCUCUCAUUCUCUCUCUCUCUCUCUCUCUCUCUCUCUCUCUCUCUCUCUCUCUCUCUCUCUCUCUCUCUCUCUCUCUCUCUGUCUCACAACCCUUCAUCCUGAGAGCGAUGGAGACGAUUUAGACAGUUUGGACAGUGAAUGGCACGCGACCACCAGAGCUUCCUCUUCUCCAGAGCUUCCUCCUCCUCCUCCUUCAGCUCAGACUGUAGUGUAGAAGUUGUCUCUCUAGAAGCAGAAGAGACCCUGCAGAAGCCCCCGUCACAGAUAAUGCGCGUGCGUGUGUGCGAGGUGUACCGGGCAGGUUAAGGAGGUCCGUCCUUAUACCCCCGCACCCCGCCCCCACCUCCCCCCGCUGUGUUUUUCGCUCGUGGCCGUGAUCUCCAUUCUGAAAUGAGUCGAAGAUGCUGAUGUGCGACCGAGGUGUUCAGAUGCUCAUCACCACCGUGGGCGCGUUCGCUGCCUUCAGCCUCAUGACCAUUGCUGUGGGCACGGACUACUGGCUGUACUCCAGAGGAGUGUGCCGGGUCAAGAGCAACAACGAGAACGAGACCAGUCGGAAGAACGAGGAGGUGAUGACCCACUCCGGCCUGUGGAGGACCUGCUGCCUGGAGGGAACGUUUCGGGGAGUGUGUAAAAAGAUUGAUCAUUUUCCGGAGGAUGCUGAUUAUGAACAGGAUACAGCUGAGUAUCUACUGCGUGCAGUCAGGGCAUCCAGUAUCUUCCCCAUCAUGAGCGUGGGAUUGUUAUUUAUGGGUGGGCUCUGUGUGGCAGCCAGUGAGUUUUACAGGAGUCGGCACAACGUCAUCCUGAGCGCUGGAAUAUUCUUCGUUUCUGCAGGCCUCAGCAACAUCAUCGGAAUAAUUGUCUAUAUAUCCGCCAACUCUGGAGACCCUGGUCAGAGCGACUCCAAGAAGAGCUACUCCUACGGCUGGUCCUUCUACUUUGGGGCACUGUCCUUCAUCAUGGCGGAGAUGGUGGGCGUGCUGGCGGUUCACAUGUUUAUCGAGAAGCACCGCAAGCAGCGUGCCAAAUCCCGCACUGAGCUCAUCAAGAAGUCAGCCUUCAGCCGGAUCCCCAGCUACCGCUACCGCUUCCGCCGCCGCUCCAGCUGCCGCUCCAGUGAGGCUCCGUCCAGGGACGCCUCCCCAAUCGGCAAGAGCGGAUACACUGGCCCUGCCGCCGCCGACAUCUCCAUGUACACGCUGACCCGGGACCCCGCCAAGGCCGGAGUGGGAAACCUGCUAAACUCGGAGAGGGAGUUCCUCCAGCCACACAACUCCAACUCUAAAGACUUUAAGGACGCGGCAAGCCGGAGAACCACACCCGUUUGAAUUACCAGAACGGAAGUGAAACAGGGUUUAAGGGUGAAUCCAAGCACAACGGAAGUGCCGUGGCCAAGACAUUACGACCAGGAACUUGAGCUGGACGCCCGCAGUGGCAGGAAGAGUAGGCUAGCAUGCUAGUAUGCUAGAAGCUAAUAAAGACCUGCCAUAAACCCUCUUCCUAUAAGAACAUGUACACUGGCAGUCAAGAGGAAUUGCUGGGGGGGUUUGUUCUCCCUCAGAAACACCAAAAAUAUCAUCAGGAGUAGAUGCUCAGCGCUCAGUAGUGUUCUGUAGCUUCACCUCACCCCAUUUGAUCAUAGUUAGUGGAAGUGGUUUUAGUAAGAGGAGGGUCUAUACUCUUUUAUAUAGAUCCACGGCAAACCAGAACCAUAAAAGAGGCUGAACUUAGUUUACUGUAAAAAGAUUUCUAGUGUGUAAAGAAAAGCUCUUGUAGAGGGCAGCUUAAAAAAAUUGGAUGCUUAAAUGGGUCUUUGCUUGGUUGGUUAAAGACAGAUUUAACAGUCUGGUGGGAAACCUUUUGUAGAUGGUUAUAUAUAUAACCUUUUUAAAAAUUCUAUUAUUUAACACCAAAAUCACUGUGGCUUUUUUGCUUAGUGUGCACUGUAAAAAGGGUUCUUAGUCAGGACAAUGUUUCUGUAUGGAACCACAAUGGCCCAAAUAAUUAUUUGGCUGUUUAAAGGGUUCUUUACUGUUAAAACCUCUUUAUAAAUAAGGAUGAGGAUAGCUUUAUAUCAACUUUUAAAACGGUCUGUGUAGCACCAAACAGAGUUACACCCAAUUGUUUUAAGUGGAAUGACCGCCACACCUUUUUGCUUAGACACUCUUAAAAAAGGGUUCUGCAAGAGUUUGGUAGUUAUAGUGAGGGCCCUAUAUAAAACCACAAGAGCUCAAAUAACCAUUUGCAGCUAAAAUGGUUCUUUGACUGAAUAAAGCAUUCUUCAAAUUGGUGAAAAGAACUAUGACUGCAAGUCAACAAAAGAGUUUCAGUACUCUACACAAUUCACUUUGCUUGUAAUGCACUGAAUAUCAGCUCUGCUACAGUUAUUUAUAAGGGCCAUGGUUCCAAGGCAGCUCAAAGGAACAGUGAGAGCAGAAAUGUUUCUUUGUCUGAUUAAAAUGUUUUUUAGGCUGGUGGGGAACUUUUCUGUGUGUAACCCAGGAAUUUUUGUGCCACCAGAAAAAGCACUUGUGUAGAGUGUCAGUUUUGAUGUUUGGGGUUUAUUAUGCUUCAGGGUGACAAAGCAGGAGCCAAAAAAACUUUAACUUUAUGUGAGUGGAAUUAAUCAAUGUAGAACAGAAUUAGAGCUUUUUAGAACCAAUUUACAACACCUUGGGCCCAUUGGUUCUUAAAGCAGAAUAUUCUUUUAAAAUUCUAUUGAAUUUGCAUAUCAGAAUCGGAAACGAGCAUCACAGCUGUGAGAAUUUCCCUCUCUGAACAGCAUUUAGCAUUGUUGUCACUGUCACUAGGGUUAAAAUCAUUUGCUCAAAUUGACUAACUUUAAAGCCUCUUUCAGGAAUUUUCUGGAUAAUUUUGUGGUUUCCCUGUGGAUUUGGAGGACAAAUCCGUUUCAACAUGAUAAACAGUCACUGUGUGCACUCCAAGUGAUUCCGUUUGACUGCCAGCGUAUGAAUAUAGAUAGUAAAUAUUAGAUCAUUGGUGCUUCCUUUUAUUCCUCAUUUCUUUUGAGUGGGUUUGUUUUCCACCGAGAGUGUUAAUCCAACACGUUCCCUCCCUCCUUCGCUCCACUCCAGUGGGCGAGCCAACUCUUCUCUCCUCAAAGUCACUCUGACAGAAACUGCCAUUGGAAUUCAUGAACUGUGAAGAUUAGCCCAGUGAGACUGUGAGAGACACAACCUUUUCCAAGCCCUUCUCCGUGGGAGUGAAAGGGAGGGGCUGGCAAAGGGGGUUGUUGAAUUUCUGUUUUGUUUAUUUUCUGACAGACAAACUGACCUGCUGUCCCUCCCCUGGCCUUACGGACAGCUGCUGGUGAGUGCCUUGUCACACUCGUGCGAUUGUAAACAGCAGCGUCGUUUUUUUCGUCCUGGGCUGAGUGUGUUAAACCCCGCCCUCAGUGCCAUCUUCCCCAGGUUCAUUAUUCAUGCACCCACACUUACACACACAUUUUUACACACACACACACACUAACACACAUUUGCACACACACUUACACACACAAAGGGACUCUCACACGAACACACACACACACAGACUCUAACACUAGCACACACUGAAACACAGCAGGCAGGGGCAGAUUCAUCAAUUCUGGGCAAAGACAAGAAUGGGAUCCUUAUAGUUGAGAUUAAAAUUAUUCAACUCCACUGCAGUAAAGUGUUUUAGCAGAUGUAACAUUUAUUGUUUAUCUUCUUAACAAUCAGAUCAAAUAUGGACUUGUAUAAUGCAACUUAAAUGACAACAAUAUUUUUUUCUGAUACAACAACAAAUGUCCUUUUUGUGAUUUCCUCAUCGACGAAAAUUAAAAGAUUUCCUUAAAGAUUUCCACUCUUCGGAACAGAAGUUUCCGUCAGGUGUUUUCAAUCAGGCAUUAAAAAGCACCUGUAAAUGUGAAUAGGACCAUAAUGGCCAGCAAUUUAGCAGAUUUAAAAGGUCUUAGAUACUCAGCUACUCCUAGACAGUUAAUGGUGUCUCAGCAACAUGUUGAAGUCCAGGGAAUGACCAGCGAGAUGAAGGCCUCCGUUCCAGAACUCCCAGGUGCACCCCCCUUGCUGACUCCAAAGCAUAAGAAGAGUUGAAUACAGUAUGCAAAAAACAUGUGGACAAACCACAAAGGUUUUGGGAUGCUGUUCACUGGAGUGAUGAGAUCAACUUGGAUCUUAAAGGGUCCAUGGCUGGGCAAUAUGUCUGGAAGAGGAAAAACAAAGCUUAUACAAAAAAGAACACCUUGCCUACUGUGAAGCAUGGUGGUGGAUCAGUCAUGCUCUAGGGCUGUUUCGCUUCUUUAGCUACAGGGAAUCUCUACCACAGGAAGAUACCAUGAAUUCAGUUACCUUGGGUGGAAAUGUCUUGCAGACCUAAAGUGUGCAGUUGCAACACGCAAGCCCAAGAAUGUCAAAGAACUGGAGGCCUUUGCUCAUGAAGAAUGGGCUAAGAUACCUGUUGAUCACUGCAAGAAACUUGUUGUACUAAUGUACUAAGUACUAAUUAUGUCUAUUAUACAAGUCCUUAUUUGAUCUGAUUGUGAACAAGAUAAAAAAAUAAAUGUUAAAUUUAAUAAGUGGAGUUGAAUCAUUUUGACCACAACUGUAAAUUUACAGUAUUUCAAUUUGGACUCUUUUUCUUUCCCUUUUAAGUACUUCCCGGUUCUGUCACUACCUACAACCUUGCCCUAUUACAAAAUGCCACCAAAACUGGGAGGGUGAAGGCUAGCACAUUUUCUCAAACUGACGCUAGCACACCAACACUGGAGCUUAACACACUUGGAGGAAAACAUUAACUGCUAAUCAUGUUACAUCAGCUGGAGUAAGAAUUGGUGUGUGUUACACAUAAUAGAUAGUGUUAUAUAUUAAUAGGUUACUUAAAACAUUUUUUAAAUUUUGUUUAUACAUAUAAUAUAAUAUAUAGUAGGAGCUUUGGACCAUAGAGGCCCUUUGGUUCCAAUAAGCCCCCUUGGAUCUCUAGAACUUUUAACUACUGAGAACCUUUUUUGGGGGGGACCUUUGACUUAAAGGGACCCUUGAUUCCUGAGGGCAUUUGGCUUUUAGAGCCCUUUGAUCCUUGGAGAACUUUGGUUUCUGAGCCCUUGUCUUAUGAGUGCUCUUGGUUCCUUGACUUCUGGUGACUCUAAGCUCCUUUAUGCACUUGGAACCCUGGGCUCCUGUAGGCCUUUGGCAUCUGGGUAUGCUUUUCUCCUGGGGCCCUGAGCUCCCUGAGCUCCUGGAUGCCAAUGGCUAUUGAUGGCAUUUGGUUCCUGAGAUCACUGAUUUUUUUUAGGUUCUUGGCAUUUGAGGGCCUUUGAAUUAUGGUGGUCUCUUUCUUUACCCAGUGUAAGGUCUGCCCCUGCCAAUGCAUAUCAUCACCCUCCUGUCCACCUCCCAGCCAGCUGCAUGCCAUCCUUCCACAUCGUACACUCCAUUACCCACCACUUUUAUAACAGGGUUAUAAGCACUUGCUAUUAAACAUCAUCUUAAGCCCACCUCAGCCCUAGGUAUAGCGUUUUUCUGUUUGUUUUUUUUAUUCACUGUUAUUUAAGAAACAGGGAUUUGUUUGUUUGUUCUCGUCACACACCAAUAUAUUAUAGGGGGUUGGUUUGAGUCCUGUGUAUCAAAAUGAUUAAAAUUGUAUUUAUUAUUCCAGAUAAUCUUAUUCUCACAGUUGUAAGAGAUUAGUGACUGCCUGCUGAGAGUAGACUGCAUUCAUUUAGUAGAGUUAAAAUAGAAACAGAAUAUUUUAGAAGUUCUCUGUACAUUGGGAAUUUUAAUGGAGGGUCAGGAGUCCGAGGGCGGACUGAGAACAGUUUUCCACACAGCAUCAGCAGUUUAUCUCGCUUUAGGGGACUCCAGGGCCUCGCACACUCGGUGGAUGGAUCAAACUGUGAUGGGGUGAAGCCCCCUGUCGGCUCUUUGGCUUCUUAAUCUCCGCCACAGUGCAGGUAAAGAACGUUCCUAAAGAGUUCAUCAACUGUGAGAAGAAAACACACCUGUAGUGAAACACUUUUAGAAACUGUAUGCACUGUAGAGCCAUUCAGUAUGACACUAACUUCUUCUAACAAGUACAAAUAUAUGUGAUGUAAAUACAAAAGUAUUAUUAUUAAAUUAUAAUAUGGUACUUUAGUUGUUCGAUUAAUAUCAUGACUCCAAGGGCUUUUGAUUUUUAAAUAAUUUGAGCUUUACAAGGGCUUCAAAAUAGUUAGAAUCCAACUGAUGGAAACAAUAGUUUUGCCCAAGGAAGCAUUUAAACCACAAACACAAUUCCAUGCGCUACCUGUUCAUUUUCAUGUAUGCAAAAGACUGUAAUGGCCAAAUGAGAAAACUGUUAUGAAUUCAAUAUCGCAAUUUAGUCUGUUCUACAUCACCAGUGAAUGGAGAUAUCCAGUGAAUGGAGACAUCUCUUUAUUCGCUGGUGAUGAAGGUGGAUGUUUUAUAAAGCCAUGCAGCUCCAGAUUUUUGCAGAGCUAAUAAUUUAUCUGCCAUACGUUCUUACGGGGUGUUUAACGUAUUUACACUGGCCUCAAAAUUUACAUUAGUCUUGUCUUAUUUGGGUCAUCCUAUACAUCACCAUUGGUUUCUGUGGACCCUAGACUCAUGUGAGGCCUUGGUUUCUGGGGAACCUUGAAUCCUGUGAAGCAUUUGUUUCUGGAGACCUUUGGUUUCUGGGAAUCUUUGGUUUCUGGAAAUCUUUGGUUUCAGGAAAUCCACGGCUAUUAUAGACCCUUGACUUCUGAGAGCCUUUGGUAUUAAGGCGUCUCAUUUUAUUUGCUUUGUCUCAUCGUUACAUAUAUGACCUGUGUAUGUAAUUCCGCCCAACAAGAACGUUCACUGAGGGUUACUGUUGUAGUUGAGUUGGGUUUUGUUUUGUGUUGUAAAGUUGUGCUGUUCUAAGUGUUGAAACAAGAGUUGGUGUUGCGGGGUUCCACAGGGGUGUAUCAUGGGUCCUGUUUCAUAUUUGUGUGUUUUCUUUUUGUUUUUUUUUGUUUCCUACCCCGCUCUCACUUAGGCCACCUAGUGCCUGUUGAUCCUGCCUUGACAGAGCCUUCCUCAGCAGGCUGCUCUUCUUCCUCACUUCAUCACAUCCAAAUGUUCGUUCUACUUCACCUGGACUGUUACUUAACAGCACAGACCCUCCCUCUGGCUGGAGGCCCAACUGACCACCAUGCAGGCCUACAGUCAAUGUUGUGCAUGACCUCUCUCUCAACGAAGGCAGCAGUCUCAGCUUGAAACAUACUGUAGAAAAAGCACACCUUUUAAAUACUGUAGUGGAAAUAAUUAAGGGUAUUAUAGCCAGAGAAAUAUUUAAAACUUAGAAAAUAAACUCAAUUUUGAAAAAUUA